AUGUCUUCACCCAGGAUAUCUGAUCAAAACUACGCGCUCUCUGCAAGCCCCGACAGGGAAAGUGCUAUAUCUCGAGACGCCGCGAGAAUGAUGGAAAAGUUGAACCGGAAAGUAGAAGAAAGUGGUUACAAGGCCUACCUAGGAAAAUCGGGCACUAGUGGCCCAUCUACAGCUUCUGUUGAUGAGUAUUCCGACGAUGAUAGCAGCGGAAGCGAAGAGGAACCCCCGAUGAAAAUGUCGGAGUACUCCAAAUCCGACGGCGCCGAACGGCAAAGAGAAGCCAAUAAACGCCAAAAAAAAACCAAUGAGUUUUACAACUCCUUAACAUCCUCCGUCCAGAGACUUUUUCGCUUCCCAGAUGAUGGGAUGGUGGAGCUUACUUUGAAACUGAAGGGAAUUGACGUCAACUUGCUCCAAGACCUGGCAAAAAAGUGUCGUAUGUCCCAUAGGUCGCCUAAGGAAAUGGUACACAGAGAAAUCAAACGCAAAGGCUAUCCACAGGAAUGGGCAAGUGAUAUGCUUCAGAUCUGUGUAGUCUCUGUGGAUACGUUACUUGUGGACGUCUCCAAUCAAGCCAAUGUUAUACAGGACGGUGUGGAGCAGCUACAACUUGCAUUGAACAAGGUUUUCGAGCUUAGGAACCUGAGGAGUGAUACUUUCAGUUAUACGUAG